UCCGGCAGAGGCUCCGGCGGCUUUGCAACUAGGACAAGCCAAGCGCGCGAAGAGCCCGGACUCAGUCGCUUCGAGCUUCCCGCAAGCCGCUCGCCGCCUGCCCCUCGUUUCUCGCUCCCCAGGCCCCGAUCCUAUCAGCCGCUGCACUCGGCAGCAGCCCAGAUCUCCGGAAAGCUGGCUCCCUGCGCCAUGGUCACCCACAGCAAGUUCCCCAGUGCAGGGAUGAGCCACCCACUGGACACCAGCCUGCGCCUCAAGACUUUCAGCUCCAAGAGUGAAUACCAGCUGGUGGUGAAUGCGGUGCGCAAGCUGAAGGAGAGUGGCUUCUACUGGAGUGCGGUGACAGGUGGCCAGGCCAACCUGCUCCUGAGCACGGAGCCCACUGGCACCUUCCUCAUCCGUGACAGCUCAGACCAGCGCCACUUUUUCACCCUCAGUGUCAAGACGGAGUCUGGCACCAAAAACUUGCGGAUCCAGUGUGAAGGUGGCAAUUUCUCACUCCAGAGUGACCCUCACAGCAGCCAGCCUGUGCCCCGCUUCAACUGCGUCCUGAAGCUGGUCCAUCACUACAUGCCCCUCCCUGAGCCACAGCCAGGUGAGCCGUCACAUCCCAAACGUGCCUAUUACAUCUACUCAGGUGGAGAGAAGAUCCCAUUGGUGCUGAGCCGCCCACUCUCCUCCAAUGUGUCUACCCUGCAGCAUUUGUGCCGCAAGACCGUCAACGGGCACUUAGAUUCCUAUGAGAAGAUGACCCAGCUCCCGGGCCCAAUCAAAGAAUUCCUGGACCAGUACGAUGCACCCUUCUAAACGGUUUCUUCAGUGGGGGUAGCCCAUGACAAAAGCACAAGAGCAGAACAGGGGAAUCUAUGAAAAAGGAGAUUACAGGGCAAAAAAAUCAUCACAUUGUCUUCUUUUUUCUGGCAUGGAUUAUGAGAGAGGCUGGGGUUGGCCCAUGUAGUGGCCACGGAGCCUCUGCCCAGCGCAGAGACUGUCUUGCUGCUGUUUGUGCUGGAUGGUUUGCCAGGGGGUGCUUUGUGCAAGAGACUGAUGCUGCUGGACUAUGGAACAGGCUGCUGCUCCUUGAUACAAUUGUCUGUCUGGCUUAUGCUGGGUGUGAUAGAAUGGUUUGCAAACCUCCCUAAUCAGUGGACAGUUUACAAAGAGCAUUUACUCUGCACUGGCCCAGACCACCUCUGAUGACCUCUGACCAAAACCAUUCUGCAGACAACUGGAAUCCAGCUAGUGCCUGAAAAUUGACUUUUCCUCAGUUUUAAGGGGAUUUUUUAAAGAAAUGAACUUUACCUCUCUCCACCUCCCAGAGAAGCAGAAUCCAAGCCUCUUCCUCAGAGGAUGUUGCCGCAUGUUUAUUCAUGGGACUAAGCCUUAAAAAGAAAGAAAGACAGAAAGAAAGACAGAAAUCUACAUCUUCCUCUCAUCCCAUGAACUGGCUCAAUACUGCACAUCACAUGGGGAGCAUGCCAUUCACUCUCUGUGUGCCAUUAUGCAAUCAAAGGAGGCUGUCGUUCUGAGAAAUCGGAUCACUACUUUUGGAACAUCAGACUGGAUGAUGAAUGAUCUAGCCAUUGUUUUCCCCUGAAGCGUCAUUCCACCUCAGCUUCUCUGCCCAGACUGAUAAUCUCUUGCCUUCAUUCUCGGGUUUUCAACUCCUCAAAGAAUGGUCUCACAUCUACAGCAGAGGUUGUGGAUUUGUUUGGGCCCUAAAUCGCACUGAAUACUAAAAAAACGUACAGGAAUGUAGCAACAACGGAUUUACCUGGAACUCUUUCAAUGAUUUUUUUUGUAAAAAUGUAACCAAAAUUUUGUGUGUUCAUCUUAUUUUUCCAUAUCAGGGUUUUAGCAGGGCAGAUAACUUUUGUUUUUACAGAAAAAUGUUUACAGACCUGCCUAAAGAAUAAUAAUUCUGUCUUUUAUAAAGAUUCCACCCUUCAGCCUUGCAGGCUGCUAGACAUGCUUGAAGACUCAACCAAAAAUCAGACUUGGAAAAACCUUUGCACAUCUAUUUAUAUUUAUAUCCAAGGAUUUUAAAGACAACUUCCAUUAAUUUAUAAUAAAAGUCACUAUUUUUUAAAUGAAA